AUGGCUGAUCGCUACAUCCCCGAGCAUAGGCGCAACUUCAAGGCGAAGGGCACCUUCAAGCCAGAUGAGUUGAGGCGUCGUCGUGAAGAGCAGCAGGUGGAGAUCCGGAAACAGAAGAGAGAGGAGAAUUUGGCCAAACGAAGAAACAUGGCUGUUUCCAGCCCUGCUCCUGGAGCUGGAGCUGAGAGCGAUGAGGAAGGUGGUAAUGAGUCUCAGUUGAACGAAGAUCUCCCCUCAAUGUGUGCCGGAGUCUUUUCAGAAUCGAUUGACCAGCAAAUCCAAGCCACAACCAAAUUCCGCAAACUUCUGUCAAAGGAGCGUAAUCCUCCAAUUGAAAAGGUCAUCGAAUGUGGUGUUGUCUCCCGCUUCGUCGAAUUCCUUCGCUCUCCCCACACCCUUGUUCAGUUUGAGGCUGCAUGGGCUCUCACAAAUAUUGCCUCUGGAUCCGCCACCCAAACACAAGUUGUCAUUGAUGCUGGCGCUGUCCCAAUCUUUGUCGAGCUAUUGUCAAGCCACGAGCCAGAUGUUCGAGAGCAGGCUGUUUGGGCGUUAGGAAACAUUGCUGGUGACUCGCCACAAUGCAGGGAUUACGUUCUUUCUGCAGGUGCCUUGCCACCUCUAUUGAACCUAUUGGGUGAUAGCCGCAAGUUGAGCAUGUUGAGGAAUGCUACUUGGACUUUGAGUAACUUCUGCCGUGGAAAGACCCCUCAGCCUGAUUGGGCAACUAUCCUCCCCGCCCUACCCGUUUUAGCGAAACUAGUCUACUCUUUGGACGACGAGGUUUUGAUUGAUGCUUGCUGGGCUAUCUCUUACCUUUCUGACGGCUCAAAUGACAAGAUCCAGGCUGUCAUUGAGGCUGGUAUCCCUCGCCGUCUUGUAGAGCUUCUGAUGCAUGCGUCCACAUCUGUUCAAACUCCAGCUCUCCGCUCUGUUGGUAACAUUGUUACCGGUGAUGAUGUCCAGACUCAGGUCAUUAUUAACUGCGGUGCCCUUCCUGCCCUGCUUUCCCUUCUGGGUUCCCCCAAAGAUGGUAUUCGCAAGGAGGCUUGCUGGACAAUCUCCAACAUCACCGCUGGAAACUCCAACCAGAUCCAAGCCGUCAUUGAUGCCAACAUCAUCCCUCCUCUAAUUAACCUUCUCUCCAACGGCGAUUUCAAGACUCGCAAAGAAGCCUGUUGGGCUAUCUCCAACGCAACCAGCGGAGGUCUUCAGAAGCCGGAGCAGAUCAGAUACCUUGUUUCACAAGGAUGCAUCAGGCCUCUCUGUGAUCUUUUGGGAUGCAUGGACAACAAGAUUAUCCAGGUUGCUCUUGAUGGCUUGGAGAACAUUCUUAAGGUUGGAGAAAUGGACAAGAACGCCGAAACCGACAAUCUCAACCGCUACGCCAUGUACAUUGAAGAGGCCGGUGGUAUGGAGCGUAUCCACGCUUGCCAGAACAACGCGAACGAGGAGAUCUACAUGAAGGCAUACAACAUUAUCGAGAAGUACUUCCAGGAUGAGGAUGAUGAGGCUGGUGGUGAGAUCCAGGGCCUUGCGCCUGCAGCCCAACAGGAUGGCGCUACCGGAACAUUUGCUUUUGGCGCUCAGCCGCAGGCGGGUGGUUUCAACUUUGCCAACGGUGAUUCUAUGGACAUGUAA